GCUUCAUUAUCAAAUAUCAAAGAUGAUACGGACUGUUCUAUUACUGGCGAUUGUCUCUCUUUCAUGGGUUUCCUCGGCCCCAACGCUCGAGGAAGGAGAUUUGUUUGAAGGAGAUAUCGUGCUGCCAGAUGGUGUAGAGGACCCAUACAGUGAGGAAGACAACUACAAUGCCAUCAGAAGGGCCUCCGCACUCUGGCCAGGUGGCGUCGUACCUUACACCAUGUCCGCAACCAUGAGCUCUAAGGAUCGAACUACUUUCAACGCCGCAAUCGCCGACUACGAACGUUACACCUGUCUUCGAUGGGUACCAAGAACUACAGAAAGCGCAUAUGUCGACAUCAUUAGAGCUGGAGGGUGCUACUCCUCAGUUGGUCGCACAGGAAGGAAGCAAUCACUAAGUCUGGGAAACGGUUGUUGGAACAAGGGAAUCAUAAUACACGAAAUGAUGCACGCCAUCGGUUUCUGGCACGAGCAAAGUAGGCUCGAUAGAGACAACUACAUUACCAUAGCUUACCAGAACAUCCGUAAAGGUAUGGAACACAACUUUAAGAAAAUGACAUCGUCCCAAGCGACUGACAUUCUGUCGUACGACUAUGGUUCCAUUAUGCACUACGGAGAAAGGGCCUUCUCCGUCAACAGACAGCCAACUUUAAUAGCCAAGCGAAAAGGUGUCGCCAUGGGACAACGCGCAGGUUUCUCCGCAUUGGACUCACAGAAGAUCGGUAAGCUGUACGCAGGUGUUUGCGGAAGCGGCAAGGGUGGAAUCACAAGCAGACCAACAGUUAGACCAACCAUUAGACCAACCCCAAGACCAGGUGGCGUAUGCAAUGGUGCCUCUGGACGACGUUCCGGUUCAGGAGGAAGGCCGAUAAGAGCUACAUUCAUCAACAGAACUAACAGGACUGUCAGGCUUCACUGGGUGAAUUUCAAUGGUGGACUCUCUGCAGGUUGGUUAAUCGGUGCUGGAAGGCGAAUCCUUAUAAACACCAACACCAACCAUCCAUUCGUCGCUCGUGUCGAGAGAGGGCAAUGGUUGAAGGUGGGAGGAGAAUGCGCCCACGCACCACGUUCCAGCGUCAUUUCAAUCACAUAUUAAUGUAAUUUAUUAGAUGUAGUUUUAACACGUUUUGAACAACACCAACUGUUUUU